GUACCCGUGGAAAUCUUACCCGAAAUAAUUGGCCCUGCAGCUUACGUCCAAGCUGGAGAGGAUAAGAAAGUGAUUGAGGCAAACAUCGACGUCCCAGAGGAUUAUGACUACACCAUUGUUGUCGAAUACCAUAAUCCAGACAAAUUCCAAGCUCCAAUUAUGGUAGAAAUUACCCAACAAGGAAACGAUUCCGAUUCCGCCUUCAAUGGAACCAUUACCGUACACCAUUGUCCAUUCGCAACAUUCUGCCGUGAAGCGGUAACGGAAGGUGGUGAAGUCGCUACCGUACCUUUGAAGAAAGGUUCAGCUACCGUACAGCUGCAUAUUCCAAAAAUGACACAAUUUGGUUUGGCGGCGGUAAAUUUGGUGGCGAAAAACAGAUGGAACAACGAAUAUUUGCAACAACACGGUGCUUGCAGCCAUAUUGUACCAGAAAUGCGGUCCUGA